AUGUCGGAUAACUCUCAAGAGCCUAAAGAGUCUGGUCCCGGCGCCUCCAAUCCCACCGAGCAGCCGGAAACCCCCAUCGAACAGCCGAAAGCCCCCGUCGAGCAGCAAGAUAAGCCUCCCGCCCCCGCCUCACCAAGUGCCACUAAGCAGCCCACAACGCUUCUUGUUCAAAAGGGAGAUUCUGCAGAAUCGAUGAAAUCACUGGUUAUGUUGCGGGUCCCGGGCGACAUCAAGGUGCUAUCGGAGCUACGAGAUAUGCUUAAACGGUUCAAGUAUAUGAGCUCUACCGACUCAUUUCUCCACCCAAACAAGUUUCCGAUUCAUAAAGAGGACGAAACUACGAUAGCUUGGAAAGCUGUUACUACCACAAGUCCAGCUAAAACACCCGCUGGGUCUGACGAACCGUCUGAUUCCGCUCCCGGGGACAAAAAGGAAGAGGACCCACCUCAAAAGUCCGAACAACCGAAAAUCAUGAUAAUAUCGAGCUCAUCAGAGGGAAGUAAGCCAGCUAAAGUUUCUCUACCUAAGUUCCCGGAAACACGCUCUCCCGGAGGGCCGGGGGAUCAACCGGAGCCAGAGGAAGUGGAGAUACCCCAGGCAAAAGCAGCAGACGGGCCGCCUGUGAAUGCAAAGACGCUAACAAAGGAGCAGCUAGAUGAGCUAUUUGAAACUAAUAAUGUUUUUGGUGGCGUAUCUUUUACUGGACCUUCAGGAUCAACUAGUAGAAUCUUCGAGUCUCCAGAUGAUUUGUCGCGUUAUAUCUGGGCAGAUGAUGGAUCCCGCCUAGAUAUUCUUCGCACGAGAUACGAGUCUCAGUCAUACAUGUUCAAGCAAGGAGUGUACACCGGAUCUUUGGGGCUAAGCACCGAGUGGUUGAACUUGAAGGCCAAGGUGACCGGCUCUAGCUCUACCGAGGAAACGUAUAGCCAAACCAGUGUAUUUGUGACGGGCGUCUAUCGAUAUCCUAGGGCUUCCAUCCGACUUCCGAUUGCCUUGAUGCAGCCUACCCAGAAAUUCAAGAAUGAACUAGCGGCAGCUUUGUCUGAGACCGGAGAUAAGGUAUUACAGGCCCAGAGACUACGUGACUUUUUUAGAGAGUACGGCCACGCAUUUGCGAGUGAAUUACACUUGGGCGGCCACCUGCAUACAACUCUAACAUCCCAGGCAACUGAUUCCAAAAAAAUCGAAGAGGCUGAACAAAGUAUUCGCGCCGGGCUUUCGUUCCCAUUUGGACUCGGGUUGGGUGGAGGACACAAAUCAGUGAAAAAGGAAAGCGAGGAGGAAUCCAGCUCAUCUUCAAAGCUUAUUGUCGAAGCUGUUGGCGGGGACACAUUGCUCACAUCGAAUCUUACUCUCUGGCCUGCAUCCGUUAUGCCUCAUACCAACUGGAGAAUUACAGAACGAAACGGUCUUCAACUCCUGAUAAAUAUCCUAUCCCUGUUCAGCACGAUACAAAGGGCCCAAGUUAUCCACAUAUUAGAACUAAACGAAAAUCCAUCUCCCAUGGUUCCAUUUGAUCGUGGCCUGACCCUGGAAGCUACGAUAAAGGGUAUCCUCGGAGGAAUGCCUCCAGAAGAAGCCAAGAAAAUGCUCACCAGUAUACAAACCGGGCUUGAACAGGAGCCGAAAGUCUAA